UUGUUUUUCACUUCCUUCUGUUAUCUUCGAUUUUAAUUAACUGUGUUUGGUUUCUGUAAAAGUAUGUGUAUUUUCGCAACAAUGGGAAUAUUUUAAAAGCUUUCAGAAGCAGUCAAGCGCUCAGCCCUGGAGAGGCAUUUGUAUGAAGACGUUAAGAUGUAAAACUAUGCCUACUGUCAAUUAACUUCCUGGUUUAAAACUUGACAAAAACUGAAAUCUGCCGACGAGAUGUAUGCAUUCUAGGAAUGAAGAGAAUGAUACUCAAUGUUAUCUACGUCCUCAUGUAUGCAACGUGUACUUGUGCACAUCAAAAUUUAGCAUUAGGGAAACCUGCCUGGCAGAUGAAAAAUUAUUCAGAUUCCCUGCCGUGGGGAGCAGACAAGGCUGUGGAUGGGAAGUAUACUGAUCGUGGAGCAACAGGUAACCAGUGUACAAUAUCAGCAGACGGACAACCAACAGCAGAAUGGAGGGUGGAUCUAGGGAGUGUGGUCAGCAUCAGUUACAUUAACAUCUUCUACAGGACGGAUAAUAAUCCUGGUUCGUACGCUUUUCGAUUUGCUGGAUUUUACCUAUAUGUUUCCAACACGACGUCAAAAGAGAACGGAAUACUCUGUUUCCAUGAAUUACAGACUGUUAGCGGUACACCUCUACAAGAUCAGAGGAUCAACUGUUCCGUGUAUGGACAAUAUGUUAUAUACUACAAUGAACGUCUUAGCGGUGUGGUCUAUCCUUCACACUACUCUCAGUCUGCAUUCAAUGAACUUUGUGAAGUGGAGGUGUAUGGUUGUACAACUCCUGGAUAUUAUGGAGAAUAUUGUAAUCAGACAUGCCCAGUGAAUUGUCAGAGACAGACGUGUGACGCCAUUACUGGAAACUGCGUGAAAGGUUGUCUUUCAGGAUAUCAAGGUCCACACUGUAGUUAUUUGAAUUUAGCCUUGGGGAGACCUGCCUGGCAGCAACACAAUUGGCCAGAUCAACCUGUAGAAUGGGGAGCAGGGAAAGCAGUGGACGGGAGAUAUUCUGACCGUGGAGCUAAUGGAGGACAGUGUACAAUAUCUGGCGCUCAAAAGACAACGGCAGAAUGGAGAGUCGAUCUAGGGCAAAUCGUCAGCAUUAGUCACAUCCACAUCUAUUAUAGGACUAAUAAUGUUGCAAGUCCUGGAAUAUACUACAACCGAUUUGCUGGAUUUUAUGUCUACAUUUCAAACAAUACCAAUAAAUACAGUGGUCGUCUCUGUUAUCAUGAAUUGCAACAAAAAAGCGGUACACCAACAGAGAACCAGACAAUCAGCUGUCCUUAUGACGGGCGGUAUGUUAUAUACUACAACGAACGCAAGCCGGGGGUGACGUAUCCAAGCUACUACUCUUCACAUGCAUAUAAUGAAUUGUGUGAAUUGGAGGUGUAUGGAUGCCCCGAAUCAAAGUACUACGGCCAGUAUUGUGACCAAUUAUGUCCAGAUGUAUGCCUUGGCCAAAGGUGUAAUAUCUUUACAGGAUACUGUAUUGAGUGUAAUCCGGGUUAUAAAGGACAUCGAUGUAGUCAGGAAUGUGACGGUAGGAUGUACGGACCUGGCUGCAGUCAGAAUUGUGGUCACUGUCUACAUAACACACAAUGUCAUCACAUCAGUGGGUCCUGUUCUGGUGGUUGCUCUGCGGGAUACGAAGGAUCUUUAUGUCAAAAACAAUGUGACGGCGGAAGUUUUGGCUUAGGAUGUAAUCAAACCUGUGGACAUUGUCAUAAUGGUGCUAAUUGUAACCACAUUGACGGAUCAUGUAGCGGAGGUUGUUCUCCUGGAUAUAAAGCACCCCUAUGUAUCGACA